CUUUCAAUAACUUCCAUAGUCAUAUCGCCAUUACGAUUUAGUGAGCAGUCCACAAUUUGUAGCCGCUAUCUGUGUCUGACUCGAUUGCAGCUAGUAUCUCUAAAUUAUCUUUAUACCCAUUCGUUUAAACCUAUACAGCACACAUUCAGUAUUACCAUAUUAUUAAACUCACGCCCAGCCACAAUCCACAAUAUCCCUCCCUCUAUACAAGCGCGUAUCUCGACACCUUCAUACUCUAUAUUACAAAAAAACAUUACAAUUUACUCAAUGGACGCAAAAACUGUGCGUGCACUGUUGGCCGAUCUAGACGUCGAGAGUUAUCACUCGGCCACAGUUGAAGUGCUAACUGACGAAGAGGUCUGGCCGCCAGAGAUCGAGGACUCGUUUUUAAAAGCGGCACAUCUAUUUGCAACAGUCGGCCAGCGGAAGUACCAACUCGAUCCAAAGAUGCCAAACUCCCGUACCACCGAGCUUUCUGGUAGGAACGACAUUAUCUCGCGGUACAUUUUCAUGAUGACCGGCAGAUUCCGCGCCCGCAAGCAGGUGUCUUCUCAUAUCCAGGUAUGGGCGCACUGCAAGCGGGCUCCUAGCAGCCAUAACAUGAAUCUGACACGUUCUUGGAAUUGCAGACGCUGUUCAGGGAGCACUACACAAGAACAUCCACUGGGUUCCAGGGCUCGACAAAGAAGAAGUCCGGCGAGUAGUGUCCACCAGCAACGUCGACGCGCUCAAAAAGCUUUCUCCCAAUGGCAGCUGCUCGCUUGGAAUCGGCAACGGCGCUGUCCGGCAGCUGUCACUAAACGUCCCAUUUAAUGAGCGCAAGCAUGCUCUCCCAAGCCCCCUGAGCAACCGUCCAAGCGGGCCAGAAGAGUGGUUUCAGAGCUGCCACACUCAUCGCUGGAUUCACUGGUCAGCGGCAGCACCGGAUUUUCUCCGCAGCCAUUCGGUGGAAACACAGAGCUGCCCCUGUGGGCGUCCGCCAGCCAUGAGCAAGCUUUUGAGCAGCUGCCCUUGCUAUCUGGCUCACAUUUGACUCCGCACUCGAUG